UUUCUCUCCGACGAUAUAAUCCCAAUUUCUCUCUCUCUCUCUCUCUCUCUCUCUCUCUCAUAUGACAGUGCCGCCAGUGAGAAGACGAAGGAGAGAUCUCAUCUUCUGAGCAGCGUCCGUCUUCAUCGUCGUCGGAGGUCAGCGGAGGUGCAAAAGAAAGCAAUGGAUCCGGACGGGUUGGCGAAGGCGUUCGUUGAGCACUACUACUCGACCUUUGAUACCAACCGGGGGGGCCUCGGUAGCCUCUACCAGGACGCCUCCAUGCUGACCUUCGAAGGCCAGAAGAUCCAGGGAUCCCAGAACAUCGUCACCAAGCUCACCACGCUCCCCUUCCAACAGUGCCAGCACUCCAUCAGCACCGUCGACUGCCAGCCCUCCGGCCCCGCCGGCGGCAUGCUCGUCUUCGUAAGCGGCAACCUCCAGCUCGCCGGCGAGCAGCACUCCCUCAAGUUCAGCCAGAUGUUCCAUUUGAUGCCAACGCCCCAGGGCAGCUUUUAUGUGCUAAAUGACAUUUUCCGGCUGAACUAUGCGUGAGGGAGCAGCACUGAAGCAUUCAUUCCAGCAAUCGGGGAAUACAUACGGGUUGAAUGGAGUCUAAAAGUCCAUACUUUUGGUCUAAAAGUCGAUACUUUUGGUUACAUUUUUUGAAUGUUGAAACACUUGGAAUGCACAAUGGGGUUCCUUAAUUUGCUUCUCUCCC